AUGGCAGCCUCUAUUCCCCCUGUCUUUGAUGACACUCUUGUCGAGAAUUUGUUUGCCAUCCCCAGCUUUGGUGGCACAUCUGUCGGCCCUAAAGUACCCAGGCCCCUUCCUGGAAUUACUGUCGAGUCCACCUCUACUUUAAAACACUUGCUGGUCGAGAAUCACAAACGCUUUCACAUAUUUUUCCACGAGCUGCGACUUCACAACCACCUCGCGCACCAUCUUUUGGUAGCAUAUGCAGUUGGAGCGCCAUCUCAUAUCCUGCAACAAGUUUUCAACAACCACUCUUCGUACUUGCGUCCUGCUUUCCAAUCACCCGAACCCAUCACCCGUAAAAACUGGACAAGUCACUUGGGCAAUCAAGAAAUGGCUGUUGAAGGGCUAGCACAAGCUGCAGUGCAUGAUGCAUCGCUCAGGAACAUGAUCGAGCGAAGUCUCAUGGAAUCUAAUGCAAAACCUGAAGUGAUGCCGUCUGAUCGAGUUCAUUCAUUCUCGAUUCUAUCACGUAUUCUUAUGGACGACCAGCUCAAGGCUGGCGCAGCUUGUAGUAAAGACACAUUUGUGCGGUCCAUGGAGGCACCCAACAAUGUCGGAGGAAUCGUUCGAGAAUAUGCAUCGCUUUGGACCAUCAAAGAAGAUGAAAACGAUAUCCAGGCACGUCUCGAGGAACUAGACUGGCUGGUCGCACUACUUUUUGGCGUUGGUGGCUGGAAAAAGAAUGUACCCUUUCGCGCUCAUUUGUACAUCGCACACAUGGUCACAUCAUGCCUAUUUUUACCUUCGGUAAUGUUGCUGUUGAAGCCUGCACAUCAGAUUGACCUGAUGCGCGCGUGCUUUGCCAAUGUGCUUGUAUGUUUUAUUGGUGAAGGUCGUCCAGCGCUGGAAGUUCAAGGUUUCUUCGAUUCCGUCACCACCAAGCCGACGCCAAAGGGCGAUUCCGAUUUAGCUACUAAGAGUAUCAACGGGAACCCAUGGUAUUUGAUUCUCGCGCAUGUAGUUCACUACCAGGACGAGCAUCUGGUCAAGGCCGUAAGGGCACCGUCGCACAGUGCAUCGUUGUAUGGAACUCGUCCCAAGGGUUACUUUGGGCAUACCGAACUGAGGGGUGCUGAAUACAUUGAUGGGACGCUGUUUAUUCGUGCGGCGGGGCUGCUGAUGGAUGCCAUGGACUGGCACUAUGAAGUUACCAAGAGGGUGGAAGGUAUAGACAAAGAAAAUGGGCGUGAAGAGGAGAGCUCAGAUGCUAUCGGGAAUGGCUUGGGUGAUGAAAUUGGAGGGAGUGACUCUGACGAUAUGUCCGACGACGAGUCUGAAUCGGAUGAUGCCCCAGAGGCGGAAAGUCUGCGCGGUGGAAAGGCAGCGGCGGAUGCAAGGGAUGAUGCCCUAAAAAAGCAUGAACAAAGAUUAAAUGAGCUACGAAAAACCAAGAACAAGGCUCGAGAGGCUUUCAUUCAAUAUACCAAGUCAGAGGUGCCUGCUUCAGUUGAGAACCAGGUCGAUCCAAUUACGGAUGCCGCUAGAGACAUGGAAGAGGACGAACCAGUUGAAGAAGCGCCUCGGUCCAACCGCUUGCCAGAUUCCAUAUUUGCCGCAGCACACGAGACAGUCGAACGAAAAAGUAGCAAAAAACUCUCCAAGAAUGAUGUACCACUAAAACGAAAACGAGUUCGUCAAACCCCUAAGGAAAAGGUUAUAAAUGGCCGAACCCUUCGAGUUACCAUGGAUCUCGACGCGCCACCAGCCGCAUCCUCUUCAUCUUCCACCCGAAAGGUCAAGAACUCUACGAAAGGAGGUUUGGCCUUCAGAAAGAAAUGGAAAAAGGUGGAUGGUUCGUCUUUUUACUCUUACGCCUCACUUGCAAUCAAUCAAACCGUUCUUACCCCUAUCAUAGCCCUGCGAGCACAAGUCCGUUCGCGAACCGGCCCACCCCGAAAUUUUGUUACAGUUGUACAAUAG